UGUGACCCUUAAGAAUGUCAAACAAAGAGAGAGUGGCUGGCUGCUUGUCAUAACGGGGGAAGAGAGGACUUUACCAUCUGUGGUCAUUUCCCACAGCAAGCACAGCCCUCAGCUGGCGUGGAAACAGCGGCCCUCACCUGCUCUCUCUGACAGCACUGACAGUGGAAAGGGUGGAGGGAUGUUUGACACGCUGUAUGAGUGGUUCUGGUGGGAAAGAAUCUGGCUGCCUGUGAACCUGACAUGGGCUGACCUGGAGGACAGGGAGGGCCGGGUUUAUGCCAAAGCCUCACAUCUCUACGUCACUGUCCCCUACAGCUUUGCCUUCUUACUCAUCAGAUACCUGUUUGAAAGGUGGAUAGCAACACCAAUUGCUGUCUCUGUUGGGAUCAAGCAAAGAGUCCAUCUGAAAGCAGGGGACAACCCCAUCUUGGAACAUUACUACAUUACUCAGUGUAGAAAUCCUGCUCAGAAAGACAUUGAUGGGCUGUCUAAGAAAAGCAGUUUGUCAGUGAGACAAGUUGAACGCUGGUUCAGAAGAAGACGCAGUCAGGACCUUCCUGGGGUCCUAAAGAAGUUCAGAGAGCUGGAGGUUUGUCUUCUACUGUUGGCGUUCAUCGGAGGAAUAGUAGCACUGUACGAUUCCAUGCUGGAGUCUCAGUACUGGUAUUACAUCUUGGAGAUUAGCUUCUACGGCUCUCUUCUCUUAAGCGUUGCCUUUGAUGUCAAGAGAAAGUGGUACAACAAACAUGUGUUGUUGGCGGCCUUCCGAUACGUUCCACAGGGCAAGGUGAACCCAUCGACAAUUGGGCUUAAGCAUGGCGCUGUCAGUUGGUCCAUUGAGCAAAACAGCAGCUGUCUCCUCAAGUACUGGAUAUUCAUGGUCUCCGAAGGGAGAUUUUGGUGA